GGCUCUAAAUCCAUUCUACAAAUUUUCAAGUUCCAAAUGAGAUUCGUUUGAGAGUUGAGACCAUGUGGAUCCCACGAGAUGUAACGGUGACGGGACGGUCAAUGGAGACCGACCCGGUGGCUUGACUGGCGGAGAGAGAGGGAGGUGGGCGGGGAAAGAAAUCCUCAUUUUCCAUUGCGCGCGCACUCCGACACCGGAUAAAUGGUUCCGGUGGCCGGAAAACACCCAGCAAAGAAGCUGUUACACGUCUCUUAAUCUACAACGAUAUCAUCGGGUCCAUGGAUUCUGCGAAAGAGCUUUCGCAGAGGACCAGGAACAAGGGUUUUCCCAACUUCCUGCUUCGUUGUUCUUUUGCCUUUCUAUUCGUUCUCUUUGCCUUGCCCCUAUCACUUCUGGUCGCGAUUGCUGCUGUUUUUGUUGGGGAUUUAUCAAUUACAACCCCAAAUGCGGUCCCAUCCCAGUGCAAGAUCGUCUCUAGUGGUGUGGAUCUUAGAUCAGCUAAGGUCUGUGAACUUGGGCUUUUAAAUUAUAAAGCUAAGCAUGUCUUUUAUCCAUAUGAGAGAAAGAAAUUCCGAUGUCAUUAUGAUUACUAUUGGGCUUCAAUAUUCAAGGUGGAGUACAAAGAUCAUUCGUCAGGUCAGACAAGAUUUGCUUUGGCAGAGGCCCCAAAUGAGGCCCUUCCCCUCGAAUGCAGGCCUAAUUUUGAUGCUGCAUGGUUGACCAUGGAUAAGUUCAAGGUGAAUGAAACUUAUGAAUGUUGGUAUACAUCUGGCAUUUCCCAAGUAAACAUACACCAUGAUGGUUUCUUUAGUUGCCGAGCAAAAGAUCCAUCUACCAUGGAGAUGGUUCAAAGGUUUUUCUUCUUGUUCCCAAGAAUAUUUACUUCCUGGUUUGCCAGCAGGGGAAGACCAGCGUACUGGAGGUGGUGGGAAACAGCAGCUGGGGUUCUUACUGGAUUUUCAACUUCCUUGAUUUCUAUCAGUUUGUUUAGACUCCUACAACAAAUGAAAUGUCGGUUUCCUCGAUUCUGCACCUGGGGAAACUUUCCUCUGGCUGCCUAUCCAGCACACUUCAAGCGAGCUUGUCUUUUUGUAGCAUACUGCUCUUUCAUGGGUUGGUUGGUCAUCCAGUAUGGGAAAAGGCUUGGCCUCUUGGAGAUUUUUAACCGCAAAUAAAAACUAGGCAGCACUUGUUUUUGUAAAGCACCAUUUGUUUGCUUUCUCCGGGAAGGUCGGUUAGUCUGAAAUUGCAGUCGGAAAAUAAAUGUAACAUUUCAUGUGCAGGGAAAUACAGGCCUACUUUGUUGCCAUUAAAAUGUUUGGUCAUACCACAGGGAACUAGUCAGAUGGAAAAACUGUACAGGCAACUUCUGUAAUAUAACAGCUUUGAGUUUGACUCAUGUUCUUGUACCUCCAAGGUUUGGCAAAUGUAUAUCUAUGUGGCUUGCUGGA